CUCAUUCCAACGCCUCUUUUCAUAAUUUUCGGUAUUAUCGUUUCAAUAAUCGUAUUUUUAACAAUUUUCGGCAAUCUACUUGUACUAUUAUUAAAAGCUCGAGUUGGCCGUACAAAUACAACAAUACUAGUAUGGAACCUCGGCUUAACCGAUUUUCUUGUCGGUUUAUUUGUUUUACCACUCGCUGCGAUAUAUUUUAUACGACGCGAGUGGGAUUUUGGAAGAUUUUUAUGUCGUUUAUGGAUCGCUGCUGACGUCACUUUUUGUACUUGUUCCGUGGUGACAAUAUGUACAAUAUCAGCUGAUCGAUACCUGGCUAUAACUCGACCACUAAAAUACAGAUCUAUAGUUACAAAAACUAAAAUGAUUAUUGCUAUUAUAAUUAUAUGGUGCUUUUCAUUUGCAAUCCUAUUAACGACUGCACGUUGGAACCAACCUAUUUGCACAAAUUCGAAAAUUUGUUACGUUGGCGAUGAAAUAGAAUAUUUGGCACAUAGUGUUGUUGUGGCUUUCUUUCUUCCUGCACUUAUUACGUUGAUUUUCUAUUGGAAAAUUUAUAAAUUGGCACGUCGACGUCAAGAAGCACUCAAGAAGGGCUUUCUGAUGAUUUUCGGGCAAAAUAUGAACUUUCUUUCAAGUACGCUAGCACAGCCAUAUUUACGUAUACAUGUUGGAAAAAAAAAGGAUGUAAUUGAAAAACAACGACGACUGUUGCGUGCUCAUCAACGUAUCGCAAAAACAUUAGGCGUCGUAUCGUUUUCGUUUCUUUUAUGUUGGCUACCAUUUUUUACACUUUACUUAACAAAUCAUCGAUGCAAAUGUAUUGCUUCAUAUUUGAUCGAAAUUGCCACUUGGCUUGGUUAUUGCAAUUCGAUGCUAAAUCCAAUCAUUUAUGCUUUUACCAUUAAAGAAUUCAAGCAAACAAUGGUAGCAAUAUUAACCAUUUUUUGGCGAAUACCUCACUUAAUUUUACCAAAUAUCAUUCGUCAACCAACGAAUAUCAAUCAUUCACGAAUUCCACGACAAUGUGCAUAUCUUUUAACGCAAAAACAUCUAAAAAAAACGAUACCAAAAUAUGGACCUCAGAAACCAGCGUUUUUAAAAAAAUAUAAAUUAAAAGACUCCAAAUAUCUGAAAUGUCACGAAGAUUUUAUAAGUUUCAAUACUGAGACAAUAAUUCGCGAGGAAACUAUUUUAAUGCCAAAUAAUGGUGAUUCAAAUAAUGGUGAGACAAUGAUUGCACCUCUACUCCUUCCAACAACAACGAAUCCUCUCAAAUGUUUCGAAUAUACUAUAAACGAAUCACCAAUAAAAAAUAAGGAUGAAUCAAACAUUCAACAGGACAAAUUCGAAUUAAAAUUAGAAUUCGAUCAUGGUGGCAGCCCAAAUGGUGAAUUUAUUUUUGAACAAUAUACCUUAUCAAUUUGA